GACUCUCAAGGGGAUGUGCCCCCACCAUAGAGAUGUAUACUAAUAACGUCUCUAUGGCCCCCACCAAGAGCAGCAUAAUCGGGGCUUAAUUUUUUUCUUGUUAGUACAUGUAUACCAUAGUGGGACGGUAACAAACGGUUUAUUACAAACCGGUUGCCGGUACGGUAUCCAAUCCGACAUCUUACAAGUAGAUCCUAUGCCAGAAGACUGGAAUUCCUGUACCGGAUCCUCUGGUCUAUACUAAAAGAUGAUGUUGCAGUAAUUGGCCAAUUAUACCUAGGUGCAUAACAGAAGAUGAAAUGUGAUUUGCUAGGUUUGAAGUCAUCAGGUCCAAGUCCAGUGAAAGUGUCAAGUAUCAGUCACAUUUGUGCUUAUUAAAAGGGAAAAGCAACUGAACUGAAGUGAGGAACGUGAAGCAAACAAUUAGAGAAAUGGGUUCAUAUAAACUUGUGUAAGUUUUUGAACUCCUGCCAUUUUCCAAGAAGUGUUCUAAGAAUACUUGGAUUGCUGUUUGUCAGUCUGUCAUGUGCUCCAGUGCAAAGUCCUUGUGGAAAAAGCAAAUAGAAGACUCUUCAAGGACAAAGUGAUCACUCUUUACUUAGCUUUUCAGAGAAAUUAUUCAUCAAAAUCUUUCUUGAAACCAUUUUGGCGGAGUGAUUUUCAAAUCAAAAUGGCUUCUCCUACACUUGAUCUACUGUGCUGCUCAUUCUUUGGCAUUGCCAAUGAAACAAAUAUAUCUAACACAGAGCCAGUGGAGAACUAUAACAUGACUGUCUUAGUGCCUGUAGAUAACAAGUAUCUUAGUAGAAUUAAAACGUACUUCUACCUGUACAACUCAACCGUUGUUGUAAUGUCUGCUAUUAGUGUGUUAGGAAGCUUGUACAUGCUGUUCCCACGGAAGAGAUAUACAACUAACCUUGACAGUGCUAUCAGGCCUGGGUUGAUGGAGAUAAGACAGAAAUGGAUUCUCUUCUGGUUGUCUUUUGCAGAUAUCAUGGCUUGUCUUGGUCUGAUAGUACUAGCUAGUGAAUCCCUCCAUAUUUUGGUCGUGUCUGAUAAGAGUUUAACAAAUAAAUUAACAAGCAAGACAUGGAAAUGGCUCUGUACCCUAGCAACGGCGUGGAUUCACUUUUUCUUCUUUGCAACGUAUGUCUGGAUAACAUGUUAUGCUAUUGAUGUCUUUCUCUUCCUUCAGAAAAAAACAUGGAAACAUGCACUGAGAUUUUACUUUGUCAUCAGUUGGUUGCUUCCUAUUGCCUUUCUUUCAUUUGGAUUAUGGGCUCUUCACAGAACGACAGAACCAGAAUGGGCCUGUUCAGCAAAGAAAGGGGAUGAGCUUCUCUUGGAGGCCUACUACUUAUGCUUGUUUGUACCUAUGGUGAUUGUCCUCAUUCUGAACCCUAUCAUAUAUAUUCUGGCAGUGAGGAAGGUAUCACCCUUGAUGAGACGAGGAGGAAUGUAUAGAGACCAGGAGAGGGAGGUUGAAAGACAAGUGAAGAGGAAAUUCCUCAAGAUUGUGAUUGUUCUAGAGAUUUGUUGGUUACCUAAUGUGGUUAAUGGAAUCUUGCUAUUGUCUAGAGUAAAGCCAGAUAUGAAAGGCUUUCCUUUCAUAUGGAUCCUCAUGGCAAUUUUCAACCCUAUGCAAGCCUUCUUGAACACCCUUGUAUACUGGGGACCAACAGGAUGUUCUUUCCUGAGUUUCUCUCCACGCAGAUCAGAGAGCGAUGAUUACGUCUCGCCCUCAGAAAUCCUCCACUCUCAUCCUCCGUGGAAAGAUGCAGCUGUUCCCUCGGAUACAGAGACCACUCCCCUUAUGAGAGGGAGGGCUAGAGAUGCUCUUAAUUGAAAUGAAAUGCUUUUACACGAAUGCCACACUUGAAGUAAGAAUAAAAGUUGCUGGCAAUGAAUAUCAUAGUUCAGUUCAGUUCAUUUCAUUUCAUUUUAUUUAAUCAUUUAAAAUGAAGAUAUAUAUUUUGGAUGGGCUGAUAAAGCCUCGUUCCUCAAAAUUGAAAAUUUGAGGGCAGCUAUGAAGGCUGUAUUUCAAAUAUAUAGCAAUGGUGGCAGUCUCAUAUUGCCUGAAAACAGUCUCCUGAUAGCUGAGAAGAACUCUUUUGAGGCAAAAAAAGUUGCUUGCUACAUGUUAUAACUCCAAAAUGUAGCUUAUUCUGAGCUGUUAUUAAAAUAUUUAAAUUUGGAGAUAGAAGGUUUUAUCAGCUCAGCAGCGAUAUACUAAUCAUACAUGAAUUACAAUCAUUUAAAUAGAGUUUAAAUGAUUAAGGUGUCCCUAAAAGCAGAAGCUUCAUGAAUGGAGCACCCUCUAUAAUAAAAGUUCAUGAAAGUUUGAAUAAUAUAUUACAUCAGAAUCGCAACUUGAAUUUUAUGAAUAUCAAAAAAAUAGUUCACUGGGAUAGUGAUGCUCUUAACAAGAAUUCAGUAGUGUAUUUUGAAUAUGGCAAUCUUGCCUUCUAGUCAUUGAGGGAAGGGCUUACAUGUUUAGAAACUCCCAUUGUGACAAUGAGGAAAAGUCGAGUUGUGGAAGUUGCCUUUGUUGUUUGGAAGAUGACUGUCUGUUUUUGUUUCCCUCAAAUUAGGUGUGUGAGCCUACAUUUUCUGCAAAUACUUGGUAGAAAGCAUUUCUGGAGCUCAAAAUGCAUGUAGUUUCCCCCAAAAUUUUAAACUUGAUCUAAUAAAGUUGUUAUUGAUUGUUAUGUAUACAGUGCGUCUCAGGAAAAAAAGGAGAAUUAUUGAUGAUUUAUCAUUAUUUAAUCACAAAUACAAUAUACAAUUGUCCUAUUGUCUUAAAUCUUAGACUCUCCUCUUUCACAUAUACAUUUGAUGAUUAUUCUUCAUGCAUGAGUGAGUAAAAACAAUUUGAAGAAAGGAUACCAAAAACAAAAAAGUCACUUGCUGGGCUGUAUCAAAAUUGAAAAAAGAAAAUCACAUUCCUAUCUAAAACGUUCAAUACCUGCUCUUUCAUAUGAUACCUAAAUCAAAGAAAAUAACUCAGGAAUAGCAAAGUUUUUAUGCUUUGAAAUAAUGCUGGCAUUUCUAUUAUUUCAGUAAAAUAUAGCUUUUCAUUGUGUGCCUUCCAUAGCUGAUUGUCAACAAAAGAGAUUGUUGGGUUUAUCUGACAGCUAGCCUGUAAAACGUCUUCAUUUAAUACUUAAUUUAAUAAAAUUCAUGGAUUAUUUCAAAGAAUCAGAAGUUUGUUUUUCCUUGAUCAUUUUCCUUGAUUUUGGUAUCAUAUUAAAGAGCAGAUACUGAACUUCUUAUAUUUUUUUUAAAUUCACAUAAUUUAACGACAAAGUAUGCCCUCUUAAGAAUUUACAAGGAUUACAUAUAGUAAGGGUUAUGUCAUUGAUAUUUGUAUAUACCUGGUAACUAAAAUUGUAAAAUAUAUUUUUCUCCAUAUUUAACUAAUAUUUAUUUUGAAUUUUAUAGAAAAUGACAAGAAAAUAAACUACACAACUAAAAUGCUUCUCAGUUUACUGUUCAUGCUACAUUCUUUAUCAAAUGUAUAAUGUGUUUUAGUUGAAUUCAUCAAACAAUAAUGAUAAUAAUAGUACAGUUCUUUAGAUGCCUAACACCCAAGGGUUUCUAUGCAUCAGGGAAAGCAGGAAAUAUGGUUAGAAUGGUAUACUAAAAAUUAAACUUCGAAUAUAUUAUAAACAUCAUAGAAUAAAAAACAGUUUGAACCUACCUUUAAUAAUUAAACAUUCUGAAUUUGGAAAAUGUUUUGUAAAGUCAAUUAUACAAAAUUUAAUUUUGCUGGUGCAGCUUUUUGGAAAGCUUGAUCCCCUUAUGAUUUGGCCUUGGCAGUAAUUUUAGAGAGAAGAUUUUGUGAACCAGAACAGAGAUUAUGCUUGGGUUUAUGAAUUUGGACAAGUUCUCGAAGAUUUAAGCAAGGGCAAUAGUAUGUAUACAUUUGAAUGUUAAUAAGAGAGUUUAUAUUUAAUCCUUGUCGAAAUAUGAUGUUAUUCUUCACAUUGAACAGUUAUGCAUGCAUUUUCUAGGUGUAUUAUACAGUGCAAUAUGCCUUUGGCAUGGUAUUAUGGAGCUGAAUGAUUUUUUCUAGCCCCCC